CAUGCGAGCCUUUUCGCUGGGCAGCCGCCUGAGCCAGGCGCUGAAGCCGCGCCGACGUGACCGCUCCGAGAGUGACUCGAACUCCACCGAGCGACCGUCCACCGGCGAGCCCGGAGUCCACGGCAGUUCUGGUGCGGUGAGCGGCUCGCCGCACCUGAGCUCGUCUCUGGACUCUCCGCUGACGCCGCUCAAGGAGUACUGCCGGCGCCGACAGAAGGGCACCGAGCUGCGCGAGCAGACGGGCAGUCCGGCAGCCGAGUCGCACUGCAGCCAGGACAGCCUGCGGCACCGGCCGCGCUCCAACUCUCAGAGCAGCCAGGGCAGCGACAAGACUCACAGCAAUGGCUGGAGGAUGCUGUUCAAGCGUCGUGACAAGAAGUCGACCGGCUCUCUGCCGGUGGACGUGCCGGCGCAGCGCGCGCCCCGAUCGCCGAACCACCCGCCGCCCUGCGCCGAGGAGACCUACGUGGGCGUGGCGAUGGGAGCGCCGGCGCGCGCGGGCGGCGGCACCCGGCGCCGCCAUCGGCCCAAGCGGCGCGACGCGCAGCCGCACUACACCGACGACGACUACUUGAUGAUGGGCCCGAUGCACCUGGACGAGGACACCUCGUCGGGCUCGCAGGCCGGCUCGCUGAAGCGACGCACUCCGGCCGUACGGCGCGCACCGACCACCGAGAACGACAGCUACAUGUCGAUGGAGCCGGUGCGGCCGCUGGGCAGCCCGCUGGCCAGUCCCGCCGGCGGCGACUACCUCAACAUGGACAUGUCACUGCGCCGCGCGCCGCCCACCGCCGCGCCCACGUCCGACUACGUGAACAUGGAGAUUAGCGGCGGUGUGCCGGGCCCGGCGCCGCCGCCGGCCGCCGACACCUCCGACUACCUGGCCAUGACGCCGCGCUCGCUGGCCACCCCGCCUGGUGUCCCGGCGGCGGCGGCGACGGCCGGCACGGACGGCGAUUACCUGGAGAUGUCGCUGGGCAGCCGGCCGACGCCGGCGAUGCCCGUGAUGCGCUCCCGCUCGGCGCGUUCCUCGGCGGAGCGGGAGCCGGAGCGGUGGCCGGCCGGCAGCCGGCGCGACCCGGACACUUACUGUGCGAUGGAGGCGCCGCGCCGGCCCGUCUCAGCCCUCCUCUCUGUGCAGACCUCCCUAGACGGCGACACGGAACGCCGAAAGUCGGACACGACUUCUCCGGACGACCGCCGCCGCAGUAUGGGCUCCGGGUUCAGCCCCGGACCAGGCUCCGGCUCCGGAACCAAGGUGCAGCGGAAGAACUCGGGGGUGACCGGCGCCGGCCUGCUGCGCAAGCUGGACGCCAUGAACCCGCGCGCUAUGUUCCGCACGCUCAGCCAGCGCGGCAAGAAGGACUCGAAGCGCCUGUCGCCGGGCGCGGCGGAGGGCGGCGCCGCACCGACCAGUAUAGACCGCUCACCGUCCUCCCAGUCUCUGUCGUCGUCCAACAGUAUACAGGAGGAGGUGGAGGUGGGCGCUGGCGCCGACUGCGAGCCGCUGACGGCCAGCGGCGUGCCCGUGUUCCGAGCCGCCGAGCCGGCGCCCGAGUCGCGGCUCGGCUCGGCCAGUCCGUGCGGCUCGGUGGCCAGCGUCACGCCGCGCGCCUCGCUGGCCAGCUCGCAGGCGACCACGCCGCGCCAGACGCCGGCGCCGACACCAACCCCCACCCCUCUGCCGCUGACCACCAGCAGCUCCCUGACGAGCUUCGCGCCGGCGGCGGCGGCGGCAGCGGCGGCCGCGCCUCCGGCGGUCCGGCAGCGGCACGAGUCGAACCCGCCGCCGUGCAGCCAGAGCCGGCAGCAGCGGCCGCAGACGAGCUGCGGCUCGCGCUCGCUGACGGCGCUGCCCACAGAGGAGCCCGAGGUGGUGUACGCCUCGCUGGACCUGGUGGACGGAGACACGGCCGCAUGUCAGGCGCAGCUCGCCGCUGCCAGCAAGCUCACCUACGCCAAGAUCGACUUCAAAGAGACGGGGAAGCUGAAGCAGCGCGACAGCUAAGGUCGGGCGGCGGCGGCCGCGGCGGCGGUGGUGCGGUGUGGCCCGGGCGACUCGCCGACUCCGGUGGGUCGCUCCGUCCGGCCGCGCGGACACGGUCCUACGCCGCCGUCUGGUGGGCGGGUCCCGGGCCACUGCGCCGGGGCCGCCUACCCUCCACGGCGCGCCGCGCGUGCCCGUAUUUUACCGAGGUAUUUUGUUAUUUUAUAUACAAGUUUAUUUAAAGCGUAGCGGCGUGUGGCUGCUGUGUGCAGGCGGUGGCGCUGUGGUCGUCUUCUACGGGGCGGCGCGCCGGCCCGGUGGUGCUCUGAGCUUUGCUGCGCGCCCGUCGUGAUGUGCGUCUGUUACGUGUAUGCGCGUGUUGGCGGUGUGAGUGUGUGAGAGGUGUCUGCGCGCGCUGUGCGGCUCGUUGUGGCGCCGGCGGACUGCUGCCGGCGCGCCGGCGGGGCAGGGCCUCCGCGCCGUACCCGCCGACCGGCGCUGGUCGCCGGCGAACGGCCGUCAGGUAAUGGCCGGGUGGGGCGGCCGUCCUCUGUUAGAGGAGCCCCGCGGUCCGCGAGUGUGGUUUUACUGUUGUUAUGUAAGGAUCAUAUCAGUGUUGUUUUAUACAUCUGUUGAGUCUUAUUUGCUCCGUUCAAGACGCCGCUAGUCAUUUGUGGUCUUGUUCGGCAUCGCUUGUCAAUGCUCGGCCGCGAGCCGGGCCAACAUUUAACUAACAUUGGCCACGUACUGUGCAUAGAUAAUUAUUUUAAUACAUGAGUGCUAGGUACGAACCAGUGUUUGAUAUCUAGAAUAUCAGUGUUUGAUAACUAGGACUAAAGCUGGCACUACUUGUAGUUUGGCUGGGCAAGGUCAUUUUCCGAGG